AUGGACGCGUACGGUGUCCGCAGAAAGGACACCACCAAAGGGCCGCCCCUGCGCGUCCUCUCCCUCGAUGGAGGAGGCGUCCGCGGCUACUCGAUGCUCAUCAUCGUCCAGGAGCUCAUGCACCGAACCUUUGUCGAGACCGAAGGCCGCGCCCCCCGCCGCCAUGAGAUCCCCAAGCCCUGCGAACACUUUGACCUCAUCGUCGGCACCGGCACCGGAGGCCUCAUCGCCCUCAUGCUUGGUCGCCUGCGCCUCGACCUCGAGACCUGCAAGGAGCUCUACGUGCGCCUGACGCGCAUGGUCUUUGAGACGGACAAGACCAUCGCCGGCAUACCCUACCGCUCCACCCUCUUCAAGGCGAGCCGCCUUGAGGACGCCAUCAGGCAGUGCGUCCGAGAACAUACCAUUUACGAAAAAGAGGGCAACGACGCCGUCAGCGACGACGAGCCCGAGCUGGGCAACCCCCUCCGCCUCAGCAACCACUCGAGUCCCGUGCAUCCCAGGCGUCACUUGAGCAACGCCAGCACCGUCAGCUUCAGCGCCCGCAGCCCCUCGGCCCAGAUGGCUUCUCGGCCCCUCUACAACUCGAGACACGGCAACCCACACGCCAGGCUAUACGACGCUCGCGAGACUAGGACAAAGACCGCCGUGACGGCCGUUUACAAAGCCUCUCCCCGCGGAUCCCCGCCCGCCAUGCUGCGAUCCUACGACUCUCGACGCGAGCCACCCCCCGAGUUUGAUUGUAAGAUCUGGCAGGCCGGCCGGGCGACAUGCGCCAUUGGCCUCGCCUUCAAGCCCGUCCAGAUCGGCCAAUCAUGGUUUCACGACGACGGCGUAGGGACUUUUAAUCCUGCUCCCGAGGCCUUGGACGAGGCCUUGGUCAACGAAUGGCCCGGACGGGAGAUUGGGGUCUUCGUCAGCGUCGGUACCGGAAGGCGGCCCAGAAGCAGCGACGGCAGCCAGCAGAUGUGGUACGAGGGCCUCCUUGGCGACUUUGCCGACGCGCGCAAGAGAUUGAUUGCCAAGAUCGAAGGAUGCGAGGACAUCCACGAGUACAUGCUGAGCGAACACCUCCCCAGGAGGGGGGUCAAUACGGAAAACUACUACCGGCUCAACGUCGAGAUUGGCGUGGGCGAGUUUGGCAUGAACGAGUGGCACCGGCUCGGCGACAUUAGCACGGGAACGCGGAGAUACAUGGCCCAGGAGGCUGAGCAGCGCAUGAUCCAAGGCAUCUCCACCAAGCUGGCCAAGAUCCAAAAGGCCAAGGCCCGCUGGGAGCGAGCGGCUUUGGGCAUCCCGCAGCUUGUCAAGUCGUCGACGGGCAUGGAACCCGGGGUGACCUUUGCGGUAGAGCUCCCGGGCGACAUGCCCACGUCUUUUCCGGCAGCGCCGCACAGCCCAAUCAGCCGGUCGUCUUUUGAAUCGGGCCCGGACAGCCUGCAAGUCGGGGCAAAUAACCCGGCAUCGCCACGGAGCUCUCACGAUCGGAUUCGGCCCGUCUCGGGCAACCAGCGGACGACGCCACCGCCUCCGCCUGGGCAGCGCCCGCCUCCACCUCCAACGCCAAACAGCGGGGUGGCGAAUUCGCGAGCGGACGAGCCCGACAAGCUCUGGGGGUCCGCUCCGACGCCAGCCCAGUACAGGGUGGCAUCGGGAGCCGACAAGAUUGCCAUAAUGAGCCCAGACGAGCACCCGAGACCGCCGCCCGCGCCGCCCGCGGUGCCGCCCCCGACGCGGAUCGAGCCUCCGCCCCUGCCGCCCAAGACGCCUCUGCCGGACAGCAAUUCUCGCACGCAUCGUGUGCAGCAGCCGUCGGGCGGCAGGGGAUCGAGGGUGCCGACGCCGCCAUACCCAGUGGACGACGAGGGGCCCCCGCCGCCGGUCAACAUGGCGCGGAAGCCCGAGUACCGUUGCAAGUAG